AUGGCUGCCGCAAUGAAGUUGGUGCAGGAGUCCAACACCAGUUCGGAAGUUACCAUCGACAUGCACUCUGCAGACUCUGAGCACCUCCACGGGUCCGCAGAAGACGUGCAAAGCGCACUGCUGGCCCGUUCCUCCAGAAGUGCGGCGCAUGAGCGUGCCAACGCCUCCGUUGAAGAUCUUCAUCUUGAUGAGUCACUCUCGGGGAAGUUCUUCGGUGGUUUUGUUGAUGCCUUUCAAAGCACGUUCGACGCACUUGAAGAUGCAGGCGAGACGAUCGGUUCGGCUGUGGCCAACGUGGCCGUGGUGGUCGGGAAUCGAGUCGUCGAACCACCGAAAUUGAAGUGGAACGAUCUUGAUGAAUUUGGUCAGUCCUUCAAAGACUUUGCCGAAGACAUCGGCGAUGAUGCCAUGUCUGUCGGUGAAAUUACACUCAACACCGCCCGUGAUGUCGGGGAAGUUGUUGUAACCCAGGCAGUCAGGCUCGCGAAGGCCACCCUGGAGCAUGCGAAGAAAACUGCCGAGCAAGGGGCGAAGAUCGCCAAAGCGGUCGGGGAAUUCAUCGCAGACCAAGCAACGGCAUUCGGAGAGGAGGUCGCCAAAAUUGGGCCUUUGGUUGCGGGCAUGGGGCAGGCACUCUGGAGCGAGAUGAUGGACUUCCUCAACUGUCUGAAGCCAAGCACCUCCCUUUGCCAAAUGCUUAUCGGGAGGGAGUGUGAUUGUAGUGCCGGAAGCUACGUCAAGGUCUUCACCAACAGAAUGGAAAUCCGGUGCGUCUUCUCGAGAACCUCCGAGUUUUCCCAGGGCCUUGGCAUCAAGGCAUCGCAGGACAGCGACGGCAAGACCACAGUCCUGCCUGGAAGUGAAUUUACGCAGCCGUACAAGAUGUACAAGGACGUAAUGAGAAGCAGGGAUGGCUUGCAGGCAAUGCAGAAGCCAAGACCAGAGGGCCUCUGCGAAACUGAGCUGAAAGUGGCUGUCGAUGGCGUCACGCAGUGGAGCCCAGAUAUCACCGCCACCGUUCACGACAACGGUGACACUGUGAUUCGGAUCAGCGGCUCGGUGCAAGGGUCCUACGACACGCUCGUCACGGGGCAAGGCAGCUGCAGCUACACGCUCAAACGAAGCUUGCCGUCCCCGGUGGAAGACCCACCUGGCUCACCGCCGAAGAAGCCCCUCACGAAGGUGUUUUGUGCCGGGAAGUUUUGCGUCAUGAUAAAUCUGCAGAUGGUCUUCCAGCUGGUUGGAAAGGGCGUUCUCACCGGAACCAUCGAGAUGUCACACGAUGUAGACUUCCAGAUCUCCGCCGAGGUGAAUGUCAAGAAGAACGGCGAGUCCACGGUUACCGUUAACAGCCUCGGCGCGAAGCACACGGAAGCCGUCAAGAUCGGGGCGAGCGCAGAGGCAAUGCUGAGAUUCAGCGCUGGGCCAGAGCUCAUAGUGUGGCCCAUGCCUGGUAUUCCGGUGACCUUCUCGCCCAAGUUCCACGCCGAAGCCAAAGCGAAGGGCACCAUCGAAUUUCAGGACCCGGACCCCG